CAGGAACCCAUUUGUGCAGGCCCGCACCCUCUUCAGUCCCCCCCCCCCAUACUUUGGAGCAGCUUGAGGUAUGUUCACUUCAUUCAUCAUUGGUUUAUCAGUUUAAUCAGUUUAUUCAUGCCUUGAAAUCCACGAACCAAAUAUCUACCGAGUUCAUGUCGUAUUGUAUGCAACGAUUGUUCACCUGCAUCUGCGAUCAGUGAUAUGGUGCGCCAUUGUCCGGUGAUUUGUGAUAAGAAUAACUUCAUUGAAGAUUUAGCUGUUCAGAACCAAACGGAUUGAUCACUCACAAUUAAUAAUGGAUCCUAACGAAACACUAAAAAGCGACGAAGGGGUCGAAGACCGAUACGUAUACUACGCCGCCGUGCCAAGUCUUCAGCAGAUUACAUGUAUUCGAAUUCUUCGACGAAUAUGGUCCAGCUAUAUUUCUCGUCGGAAAAACUGCAACGAUUUGCAGAAAGAAUGCGGCAAUGAAUUAAUGGACCUGUACGGUUUUCCUGAUAUUUUCACUUACCUAGAAGACCUACAAGAAAUGCAAGAUCUCCUCAGAUUGCCUCGAACUUUCAAAGGAAUGUUGACGAGGGCCUCGAUGAAAGUUAGCAGUGGAAUUAGGUUAUGGAUAUAUCAUCUCGAAUGCUACACCAUGGGAAAGAAAAACGAACGAUACAGUAUUCGUGAUUUAGUACGUGAUUUCGAUAUAGACUGGUGCGUUUGGUUGCCCAACGGUAGAAUCGAUGAUGAGCAAACAGCCAUGAAGUUAUUAUCUACCGUCAAUUUGAGUAACGAACAAAGAUUCGCAAUUUUCAGUGAAUUUUGUAUGAAAAGAGAAAUCGACCAGAUAAAAUUACGUUCGCUGCGUAAAUCAUUCAAAAAAUCGGUGACUUUCGAAGAUAACCCUUUAGUGUAUUACUGGAUUCGUUAUCUAAGAAGAGAUUUAUCUGAUAUACCAAUCUCUUCUUAUAGGACGGUUUACGCUGCUGUAGCUGAAAAAUGUGCUCGUAUUUCGUGGAUAGCUUUCGAAUACUUUUGGCAUCGUUGUGACGUUGAAGAUCAAAUAUUAGUGGCCCAGUAUAUUCUUAAUGAUUAUGAUAAUUUUGGAUACAGGUAUCAAGAACGAAUUCUCUCAAUGAUGUCUUGGUUUCAACAACAUCGUUUAUUUACUCUAAUGCCGGAGAAAAUCAUUUCAAAUUUCUUUGUUCAUUUAAACUUGCCCGAGUCUACAUCCUGGGCACUGAAACAUAGUGAAUUGAAACCGUCCAGCUUUGCCAGCCUAGUAAAGGACUCAUUUUCAUGCGUAACUGAUGAAGAACAAAUGAGCCGUUUGAUUGAAAUAUGGGACGCAGUUUCGCCCACACAUAAAAGAAUUACAGUGCAUAACCUACAAUAUCAAAUAUUUCCUCGAUUCUGUGGAUACUGUGAUUCAUUGUUUCGCCCUUCGCAGUCUGGUGUCAAAUUCUUAAUCAAGCUUUUAUCGCAUCUUGAUGCUCAAUUCAGAGAACGCGAAGUUUUAAGCAACGCAGUUUCAUUAGGGGUAUAUAUAGAUAACCUGAAUUUAUUGAACGAACUGCUGGAAUUGAGCUUGCCAAGCGCCGAUGAUCAAGCUCUGUUCAAAACACUGGUUGAACAAUCUUCCGACUUGAAUGAAAGGUGCGUAAGUUUAAUGACAACUAAUGCCGAACUUACAGAAGUAAACGCGAAAUUGCAAUUCUAUCUGCCUGAUUCGAAUGCCAUACAAAAAUACAAGCAACGAAUGAUUUCGGAAUUGGUAAAAGAAGAAUGCUUUUUAUACGACACGAAUAAAUGGAAUGCAUUCAGUGCCUUCAUCGACGAAACGUUCCCCGAUGACGCAUCUGCAGCGUUGAAGCUGAAGAAGGAGUAUAUUUUACGUCACGCUAGGUGUUUUCCUUGUACUAGAGUAUAUUAUGCUUACGAAGUGAAUCCAAUGAUCCAGGUAGUGGAAUCUGUAUUCAACACCGAGAAUGAAAACGAGAAUAUAAAAGACGUUUUUUUCAAUAGUUUUGUAUCGAUGCUGAAACAAAUAACAGACUAUCGAUGGUAUAAAAUGUUUUUCAACGAAAUGUAUUUUCGUCGUUUUGUAAGAUGGUGCCUUGGCGAAGAAGAUCCUGCCGCAGUUCUCAAGUAUAAUUGUGGUGCAUUUAUUCAGGAUGUUGUUGCUGGAGUCUUAGGUGCCCUAAAUAAUUGUUACGUAGAAAUGGGCGAAUUUAAAGAAGCGUUACUCCAUGAUUUAGAUAGAUGCCUGAUGUGGUACUUGUCAGACGAAGAAAGAGUGAAAGAGUACAAGCUGGAAUGGAUUAAAGUGGUCCAAGAUUUAGAUAUUGUUCAAUCUGUUGCGCAACGAAAUGACACCGUAUCUUUGGAAACUCUUUGCAUUUGGUUUUUCGAUGAAGAUCAAGACGCGAUCCAACAAUUCAAGUCGAAAAGAGUGAAACUUCAGUCAAGUUAAAUUCAUUAUGUGUCAUAGCUUGAGAUCAGUUUAAAAAUUACCUAUCGUGAGCUUUUAAUUAGGCCUAAUAAGGUUUAUUUUGAACUUCUAGAAUGCGAAGUAUCUCAUACCUACCUCUGUUUUUAUUAUUAAAAUGUCAAUUGUUUCUAUUUUUAUACAUGCAUGUACCGUGUACGUUGGUUCCUUAAUAAUUAUUGAUAUUUAUACACUGCAUUUUUUAUACUUAUUUUAUAAGUUAUGAAAUCUUCAGUUUUUUUUUUAAAUUUUUUAUUUUAAAAAUAUUUGAUUCGUCUCUGUCACUUCCGUGAAGAAUUUUGAUCGUUUAUUAAAAAAUUUCAAAAUA